AUGGCUACCCCCAGUGUCCUUACCUUUGAUGCUGAGGGUCGUGCUGUUGACUUCGAGGUCUGGGUCGAUGACCUGAAGCUCUUCCUACAGUGCGAUAGGGCAGACGGAUUCUCCCUGUUUGAUCUCACCUCUGGUGCCUCUCCUGCCCCGCCUGCUGAUGCUGACAGCACUGCUCGCUCACAGUGGCCCACGCGCGAUGCUGCUGCCCGUCUUGCUGUGCGUCGCCACUUACCGACCGCUGAGCGUGCACACUUAAGUCAGUACAAGAUUGCUAAGACCUUGUGCGAUGCUGUAGUUGCACGCUACUCUUCCCUUGCCACUGCUGCCCUUAGCCGCCUCAUACUACCGUACCUGUUUCCUGACCUCGCCGCCUUUCCCACUGUCGCUGACCUCGUUACGCACCUUCGCACUUGUGACACCCGCUACCGCGCUGCGCUUCCUGCUGAGGACCACUUCCUCUCUGUUUGCCCCACCACACUCACUGCUGACCACCUCGAGGAGCGCCUCCUGGCAGAUGAGAAGAGUAUAGUCGCUGUAGGAGCCUCUCGAGGUGACCCGCGUGCCCCUGUCUUUGAGGGGUGCUCCCCCUCCCCCCUCUUGCCCUCUGCUGCCUCUGCUGCUGCCGUCAACUUCGUUGGCACCGAGUCGGUCGGCGCUGCGUCUGCCUCUAGCGGGCGACGCCGCACUGGCAAGGGCAAGGGGGGCAAGGGCGCUGGAGGAACUGGCGGGGGCGGUGGAGGUGGAGGUGGAGGAGGCGGAGGGAGUGCGGGUGGUAGUGGGAGUGGUGGCGGGUGUGGGGGCUUCGGUGGCGGCAGUGGCGGCAGAGGCGGCGGCGGCGGCGGUGGCGGAGGUGGCGGCGGAGGAGGUGGAGCUAGUCGGGGUGGCUCUGCGCAGCGGGGCGGCUUAGGUGCUGGUCAGCGCCAGCAGCAGCAGCGCACUCGUGAGACCCCGUCCCUCCAGCAGCUUCGUGAGUGGUACGCUGCGCGUCAGCGAGGUGGGGGUACUCGUCCCUGUACCUACGUCCUCCGUACCGACGACCACGCUGGUAAGCAGUGCGUGGGCUAG